UCAUGCGUAUCAAUACUUUGAACAAGAAUUAUAACAUCUAUAGAUCCAAUGUCGAGAUCUUACCUACUAAUUACUAUCUAUAAUCUUGUAUCCUGCCAAUGUCGCAGUCCUUGACCCUCGAGACACGGCCAAUCCAAAUCGCGAAUUAAGUAGUUAUCUACGUCCAUUCCUUGUCAGUCACUGUAAAUACACGUUAUUAUCAGUAACGGUGUUACAACCGGCCUAGAGGCUCAGACGAGUGUCAGGUGAAAGUCUCCACUCAGACGCACAACUAACUCCGAGUCACACGCUCGUGAUUUGCGUUUCAUCCGCGAAAUAGUUCAUGAUAAUUGUAAAUAAAAAACAAAUAGUAGAGAGGUGUAAUCCACUGAUGCGCGGGCGCACAAUACAUCAUAUUAUCACGCUCAGCGAGCCGCAUUCGAGGCUGAUUGUGUGAUAGUGUGGUGCGGAGGCGCGGGCUGGCCGCCGUGCUCCGGCGGACCGCCGCUCUGCGCGGACACUCAGUCGCGACCAUGUUGACAACGUGCGCCGUCGUAGUCCUCGCGGCGUCGCUCGCCGCCGUCGCCGGAGUCGCCGAUACCGGCACCGACCCCAUUCAACUCGAACUCAACAACACGCUACCGGCGGAACAAUAUUUCAUUGACAAAAUAUUCGACAAGUACGGGGAUAAAGGUGUCAUCACAUUUGAGGGUUUCGAGCAUCUUCUGGACAGUUUGGGUCUUGGCGGUCGAGUAUUCAACUCACCACAUGAUCUUGCUCUACAUCGCAUCAAUGGAACUUUUCGACAACUCCACGAUGUCCAACAUCGCCAUCGACGCUCGCCGUCGGCAGCCCUGGCCCAACCAAUAUUGCAAAAAUCAUGCCUAUCACCACGAGAAAUGUUGGAGGUUUAUGGAAUGGAAAACGAACCAGGAGUAAUAACCAUUAGACCCAAAACAUUCUUAGAAAUGUGUCCAGCACUAGUAUAUCAAUUGGACCAACGUUCAUGUUAUAAAACUGAAGUACCUGCGCCGAAAUUAGACAGACUUUGGACUUGGAUAUAUGCCACUCUUAGUAUCUUGGUAAUAAGUGCAACCGGACUGAUCGGAGUAGCUAUUGUACCUUUACUCAAGUCAGUAGUGUUCAGCUACGUUCUACACUUCCUAGUCGCAGUCGCCGUGGGAACUCUUUGCGGUGAUGCAUUAUUGCAUCUUUUGCCACAUGCACUGAAGUCUCACGGGCCACCUUCCGCACAACAAGAAGAAACAGAAGUCGUACUCAAAUGCAGCGUCACUUUUCUAACAAUACUUCUUUUUUAUUCCGUCGAAGCUAUCAUGCAAACUGUUAACGGCGGACAUUCACACUCGCACGAUCCAGAUAAAAGCAUCACAGAAAUAAAAACAGACACUGCAAAACAAGUAGAACCUAUUGAACUUGGUGCCAUGAUGCCCGGAUCACCACCACCACCGGUGGAACGUCCGAUGUCGUCGACGGCGUUAAUGGUCAUUGUCGGUGACGGCUUACACAACUUAACUGAUGGAUUGGCCAUAGGCGCAGCAUUUAGUGGUGAUCCAGUAACGGGUUUCGCAACAGCGUUGGCAGUGUUUUGCCAUGAACUUCCACAUGAACUCGGUGAUUUUGCCGUUUUAUUACGAUCUGGAAUGACCAUAAAACGAGCUCUCUAUUACAAUAUUCUGUCAUCAAUACUCAGUUUCAUGGGUAUGGCAGGUGGUAUUUGGCUAGCAGAAGAUCACGAAUCGGCUUCGCAGUGGAUUUACGCAGCAACAGCUGGCACAUUCUUUUACAUAGCACUCGCUGAUCUAGUGCCAGAAAUAAACGAAAACAACAAAGGCAAAAGUAUUAAUUUGUUACUUGCGAUAUUAGGUAUACUUGCUGGUGGCGUGAUUAUGCUCAUGAUUGCAUUACAUGAAGAUUCAAUUCAAUAUCUUUUUAGAAACAGCGAAAAAUAAUUUUACUUUCUCGCAUACGUAGGUACUACAUAUACCACGUCGGGCCUAAGUAUAUCGCAGAUACUAUAAUAACUAUAGAAUAACAAUGCUAAAGACAUAUAUUAUUAAUAAAUAAUAUAUAAAUUGUAUUAUGAAUACUCGGUUCUAUAAUAGAUACCUCAACCUUAGCCUUUAAUGAUAGUAGUGUCAUUAUCAAAUAGUCAGUAAUCACUGAUCCAUGAAAAAUGGAUGAUAAAUUAAUGUUAUAAUGUGACAACAUUUUUAAAUAGUCUAGGUAUAAAUGUGAUAAGUGUACCCACUGUGGUUUGCGACGGUACUAGCUGCUAGGGUUAAUUAUAGAUAUCUCUGGUUGUUCGUGGAAAAUAGUGCUCAGUUAAUAGACUAAUACAAAAAAUAAAUUUAGUGCCUAUGUUAAUUUCAGUCUGAUGUUAAGGUAUUAAUAUAGUAAUAUAGAAUAAUUUAAAUAAGUUAAUAUUAAACAUGGUUGUUCCUUUUCGUAUGAUCCAAUAUAUACUCUAGCUAAUACGAAUACCGUAUGUUUAAUGAUUAGAAAUAUUAAUUACAACUAGCGUAAAAAAAUAAGAUGUAAGAAAUGGUUAUGACAAUUUGAUUAUUAUUUUGUGUAUAUAUAGGGUAAUAUAAAUAUUAUUUGUAAUGUAUUUUAACUUACUACCUAUAUUAAGAAUGAUGUGUUUCAUUUAUAAUAAUUUAUUAUUUGCAAUAAAAUUGAAACGUGUGCUAAAGUACUCCAAUAAAAACUUUACCAUUACAAACUA